AUGAAUUACAAUGAGCUUGGCACAGACGACCAUGGGCCAGCACAUAGCAGUGAUACGGAAAAGCUCAACAUAGAUAGAGGACAGGAUGGGUCAAUCCUCCAGCCGCUUCCUGAGGUGUCGUCUGAAACAACAAAUGCCAGCACUAUAAUUCCGGAAAUUGAAUAUGUCUACCUGAACUUCAAUACCAAGAUUGCGACUCGACCUGUGUUUACCGACGGGAGUGUGAAGGAUUAUCCACCAUGUCCAGAGCUAAAGGAAUACGACAAUCCUUUUACCUGGUCAAGAACUCGAAAGAAUCUGAUGACCUGGGUCUCAUGUGCUACAAAUAUGACUGCUGCAUACGCAGCUGGCUCAUACGCUUCUCCCGAAGCUCAAUUAACCCAGCUAUGGGGUAUAUCAAGGGUAGCAUACAAUGUCGGAAUCACGAUCUUCACUGCUGGUUUCGGAGUUGCACCUAUGGUCUUGGCGCCUUUUUCAGAAAUAAAUGGUAGACGACCUGUCUUCAUCGCUACUGGACUGCUCUUCGUAAUCUGUCAGUUAGGCUGCUCCUUGACCAAUUCUUAUAGCGGCAUGCUAGCUGCACGUCUGUUUGCCGGUAUAGGUGGCUCGACAUUCUCGACCAUGGUUGGUGGUAUACUAGCAGAUAUCUGGGUAUCUUCGGAGCGAAACACUCCCAUGGUCCUCUUCACAGGCGCCACUUUGUUCGGUACAGGACUUGGUCCACUUGUGAGUGGCUUCGUUGCUCAGAGAUUGUUGUGGAGAUGGGUGUUCUAUAUCCAGAUCAUAACAUCAGGUGUCCUUGUCGGCCUAGUUACCAUAUUCUUUAAAGAGACCAGAGGGCCGAUUCUGUUAUCCAGAAAAGCCCGAGCUUUGAACAAAUGGUUCGAAAAGCUCGAAUCCUGUGGUGCAAUUGGCAUGGAGAACCCAGACACCUCUUCGACGACGUCAUUCAGUGAUAAGUUACACGAACCAAAAGUCCUGCGAAUAAGGUACAAAGUACUGGCGGCGGAACAGCGAGCGUCAAUUUGGAAGAUGAUCUCGGUCUCACUCACAUUACCCGCACGUCUGCUCUUCACGGAACCAAUCCUCAUGUGUUUCAGCUUGUGGAUAUCAUUCUCAUGGGCUGUUCUCUAUCUUCAGUUUGGUGCUAUACCUCUUGUGUACGAGACCAACCACGGCUUCAAUCUGGAGGAGACUGGUGCAAUCUUUUCGGCCGUCUGCAUCGGCGGCAUCUUAUCCACAGUAUUGAGUAUCUACCAAGACAAGUGGGCUGUCAGAAGAUACGGUAGCAGGUUCACUGGCAGUCCUGAGGGAAGAUUAUGGUUCACUUGCGCAGAAGGAUUGCUGAUGCCACUGGGUAUGUUCUUCUUUGGAUGGACAUGCUAUAGCUCUAUCCACUGGAUUGUUCCUACCUUGGGCAUUGUGGCCGUCACUAUGGGUAUCUUCUCAAUAUUUCUAGCAACUUUCAAUUACACGGCGGACUGCUACCAGACAUACGCAAGUUCUGCGUUAGCUGCGUCCGGUAUCUGUCGGAAUUUUUUGGGUGGCAGCUUUCCCCUGGUAACGGUACAGAUGUUUCAAGGCAUGGGGUUUCAAGGUGCCAGUAGUCUUUUAGGAGGUAUUGCACUGCUUCUUGCAUUGGGGCCUGGGCUAUUAAUUUGGUAUGGACCAAAGAUCAGACUGAAAUCAAAGGUUACUCGGCAGUUUGUUGCACAUGAUAAGACAUAG